CAAAACAAUUGAGGUGACAUCUCUUACACCUCUUUUAGCUAAGACAAGUGAGAAAUUAUGAUGCAUCAUAAUCCCUUGGGAAGCCUCAUGGUCAGUCGCAACGCAUUGAUGUGGAUGGCGGGAACGCUCAUGGUCGCCACCUUCCUCGCCGCCUCCAACGUCCAUGCUUACCCUCUGACCCCUUCCAAAGACAACUACAAGCUGGCGCUCCACAAGGCUCUAAUGUUUUUCAAUGCGCAGCGAUCCGGAAGACUACCAAGGCAUAACAAUGUGUCUUGGAGGAGUGACUCGUGCUUGAGAGAUGGAAAAUUCACCGAUACUCUUAAUGAUCUGGUGGGUGGAUAUUACGAUGCUGGAAAUGCCAUCAAGUUCAACUUCCCUGCAUCCUUCGCCAUGACUAUGCUCAGCUGGAGUGUCAUCGAGUAUAGUGCUAAAUACAAAGCUGCUGGUGAGCUCGCCCACGUUAAGGACAUUAUCAAAUGGGGCACGGAUUACCUUCUCAAGACCUUCAACAACUCUGCUGAUUCCAUUGAUAGAGUCAUUGACCAGGUUGGUUUGGGGAAUAAUGAUGGAGAUAGUGAAAAUCCAAUUACUACAGAUGGUGAUAUUUUUUGUUGGAUGCGUCCUGAAGAUAUUGAUUACAUACGUCCUGUGACCGCAUGCCACGCUUGCUCCGAUCUAGCUGCGGAAAUGGCCGCAUCUCUAGCCGCUGCAUCCAUUGUUUUUAAAGACCAGAAAGCCUACUCAAAAAAACUCGUCCAUGGUGCCAAAACGCUCUUCAAGUUUUCAAGGAAUGAGAGAGGCAGAUACAGUUUCCCUGGUACAGAUGCGGAACUCUUCUAUAAUUCUACCAGUUACUGGGAUGAAUUCAUAUGGGGUGCAGCUUGGUUGUACUACGCAACAGGCAACAACUCUUAUCUUCAGCUUGCAACAACUUCUGGUCUUGCCAAACACGCUGCCUUCUCAAAGGGGCCUAUUCAUGGAGCGUUGAGCUGGGACAACAAACUUCUUGGUGCUCAGGUACUUCUAACCCGUUUGAGGUUAUUCAUAAAUCCUGGGUACCCAUAUAGAGAAACUUUGAGAAGAUUUCACAAUGAGGCUAACACAAUCAUGUGCUCAUACCUCCCAUAUUUCACAACCUUUAAAAGGACAAAAGGAGGCUUAAUCCAACUGAAUCAUGGAAAGCCAAAACCUCUUCAAUAUGUAGUCAACGCAGCUUUCUUAGCUACUCUCUACAGUGACUAUCUUGAAGCAGCAGAUAAUACCAAGUCAGCUGGGAUGUUUUGUGGACCAAGCUUCUAUUCUAUUGAUGUCCUACGUGAAUUUGCUAAAACCCAAAUUAAUUACAUACUGGGAAAAAAUCCCAAAAAAUUGAGCUAUGUUGUAGGGUUUGGUAAUCGUUUCCCAACACAUGUCCACCACAGAGGUGCAUCCAUUCCGAACAACAAGAUGAAGUACAGUUGCGAUGGGGGUUGGAAAUGGAGGGACACUUCAAAGCCAAACCCUAACACAAUUGAUGGUGCUAUGGUUGCUGGCCCAGACAAAGAUGAUGGCUUCCAUGAUGUUCGUACUAAUAACAAUUACACUGAGGCUACUCUGGCAGGAAAUGCAGGUUUAGUGGCAGCACUUGUUGCUUUGUCAGGAGACAAAGCUACUGGGAUUGACAAAAAUACCAUUUUCAACGCCAUUCCGCCGAUGUUUCCAACUCCUCCACCACCACUGGCGUCACGAAAGCCAUGAGAUGUAGGCCGUCUCUGAGAUUUUGGGGGCUGUGUACAAAAUUUAUAAAAGCGCCUCUCCUUAAGAUAA